GAGUGGGCUAUUUCAUUAAGUUUUUCACUCACCACGUUUUAUUCCGAAAAAUGUAUGUCUGGUAGUCUAUGGACAAACAUUAAGAAUAAGUUACGUGGUGAGUUGAUGCCUAUUCGGAAGCUAGUUAGCUAGGUGAAUUGAUCAUGCUACUUUGUAUGCGUUUGUUGGCAACCUUGUACUUUACGAAGUUUUUUUUACAGAUUACUGUUGGAACGUUUUCACAAAUUAUACCCAUCACGUUUUCCUGUUGUUGAAGCGUUUGCUGUUGCUUUCACACGUUGAAAUGCAUAGGCCCUAUUAGAUGUAGCCUGUGAGAUGGAAUAUCAUGAGAGACCUGCUUCUUUUCGCCAAGCCCGCCUCAACCCCUUUGACCGGGGGGAGGAGGACGGACCCCCAGGGGGUAAAACCCCCCCUCAAGAUGAGCUGAGACCUGAGCUCUUCUCUGAGAGCCGAAGCCAGAGUUUGGACCGAGCCAUGGACCUGGGACUGGCAGAGGACCACUUCUCUCGACCUGUCGGCUCGUUUGUAGCGUUGGACAUUGAGCAGCUAAAGAUGGCCAUAGAGGAGUGUAAGAGAUUAAUCCUGGAGCUGCCUGAGCAUUCAGAGAGACAGAAGGACACUGUGGUCAAACUGAUCCACCUACGCCUCAAACUACAGGAGCUCAAGGACCCUGAAGAGGAUGAGCCAAACCUGAGGGUGCUGUUGGAGCAUCGUUUCUCCAAGGAGAAGAGCAAGAGUGUGAAACAGACGUGUGACAAGUGCAGCACUAUCAUCUGGGGCCUCAUCCAGACCUGGUACACCUGCACAGGUUGUUACUACCGUUGCCAUAGCAAGUGCUUGAACCUCAUCAACAAGCCCUGUGUGAGGUCAAAGGUCAGCCACAAGUCAGAGUAUGAGCUCAGCAUCUGCCCAGAGAUCGGGCUGGACCGGCAGGACUACCGCUGUGCCGAGUGCCGCACGCCUGUGUCACUAAGGGGCGUGCCAAGCGAGGCCAGGCAGUGUGACUACACGGGCCAGUACUACUGCAGCACCUGCCACUGGAAUGACACCGCUGUCAUCCCUGCACGCGUCAUCCACAACUGGGAGUUUGAGCCACGCAAGGUAUGUCGUUCCUCCAUGCGUUACCUGGCCCUGAUGUUACCUCGACCUGUAUUGAAACUGAGGGAGAUCAACCCACUGCUCUUCAACUUUGUGGAGGAACUAGUGGAGAUCAGGAAGCUCCGUCAGGACAUCCUACUGAUGAAGCCCUACUUCAUCACCUGUAAGGAGGCCAUGGAGGCACGGCUGCUACUGCAGCUCCAUGAUCGCCAGCACUUUGUGGAGAACAAUGACAUGUACUCUCUGCAGGAUUUGAUUGACAUCUCUAGUGGCAGACUCAGCUGCUCUCUCACAGAGAUCCACACUACCUUUGCCAAGCACAUCAAACUGGACUGUGACCGGUGCCAAGCCAAAGGCUUUAUGUGUGAGCUGUGUAAGGAGGGAGACAUCCUGUUCCCGUUUGACAGCCACACCUCAGUGUGUCACGACUGCUCUGCUGUCUUCCACAGGGACUGUUUCUAUGACAAUUCCACAACUUGCCCGAAAUGUGCCCGGAUGACCGAACGCAAGCACGACGAUCCGCCGUAUCCGAGAGACACGUAGCCCUGUCCAUCUAACCCUGUCCAUCUGUCACUGUGACUGACCACCUGUAGGAGCGACCAUGGCACUUUUUCUUAUGUUGAGGACCAUCAAGACAUUUUUCUGACACAAACAUGACUAGCUUUCCCUCUUGCUCUCUCUCUCUUUUUUUGUGGGGAUGUUUUCAAGUUACUUUGUUCCAGUUCAGUGGACUACGGAAGAUGGUAGCAAGAUACUAGUUUUAUAUGAUCCGGUAAUGAAGUGUUAUACUCUGAGACUGGCUGCAUUGCAUAGCCCACAGAAACACUAAGCCAAUGUUGUUCAGUAUGUGUGUUACUGUGUGGGAGUACUGUAUGGGCAUCAUGUUGCAGGCAUGAAUUGCAAUAACUGUCUUUACCUCUUAACAAUCUAUAUCUUUAACUACCCUGAAGUAGGUGUUAAAUUCCAAAUUCACCUUAACAAAUCAAUUUAACAACAACUACCAUUCACCUACAGGCCUUAACUGGCAUUGAUAAGAGCCAGGUAUUUCUAGUGAGGUUAGGUCAUAGUUCUUCAAAACUACUUCCCUAGGGGCAUGAGGUAUUUCACCCCCCUGUUGUGAAACAAUGUGUUACGUGAUGGACAAGGACACUAAAAUUGGUUUUGAUUAUUUGUUUGAACACCACAAAAAUGAUUUGCCUGAAACACUUGAGAAGAGAACAUGUGGUUUUAUGUUAUGUCUUAGGGAACUUUAACGCAGUACUUUUUUACAGUAGAAUUAUUGGGCAGUCAUGUAAACAAUGUCAAGAGGGUAAUGUCAAGGAGAGCUCAUUAUGAUGUGCUGAUUAACUAUAUCUUAAUUUGACAUUGUGUACUGAAAUGUUUGGAAAUCUAGUUGAACACUGCAUUUACCCAUUGAUCAAGUCAUCUAUUUAACAGUAUUGUUGUGGGGUGGUUUGCAGCCCGCCUCAAAGUAUGGCACAUUCCUUGAGCUGACCAAUGAUACUUCUGGACACAUGAGCGUGUAAAUGUUAAUGUUGACAAAUUAUUUGUUUUAAAAUAAUGCGUGUUUGGCCGUGUUAUGUUUUCCUCUGCAUAAUGUUCUUGAUAACAUGCAAGUGUAAUGUUCCAUGUGUUAGUGAAAAUCCAGAUAUAAACAUGAAUUGUAAGGUCAUGUGACAUUAAGCAUGAAUAAUGUAUUAUUGAAUUCUGUUGUGAGGAGUUGUUUUAGCUGACACUGGCAGCCUUUGCCAAUGUAGCCCUUGGCUCCAGGCCUGUGGCAGAGGCUAAUGCAAAUAUUACUAUGUGCCGUGGCCAUACUAAAUGCUGUUUUGAACAGUGUACCAACAGUAAACUGUAUAUAAAGAUUG